UUUUGGUGUGAUGUAUGUUGCGUUUCCGGGUUAGAGUUCACAAAAAAAUAAUGGCGGUAGCAUUCUAAGUGUAAGCGUGUUGUAGUAGUUUGAACACACAAACGCUUUAAAGCCUGCAGUAUGAAGGAGACACCUUUGUCUAAUUGUGAGCGAGAUUUCUUGCUCAAAGCCAUCGAAGAAAAAAAGCGCCUCGAUGGACGGCAGACAUAUGACUACAGAAAAACAAUGAUUGUGUUUGGUACAGACUUUGGAUGCUGCUUCGUGGAACUGGGGAAAACGAGGUAUUGCACAGAGAUGGCGAGAAUGUCUGGAUAUCCUGCGACACUCAAAGCAGAUACAUUCCCAACGAUAAAGUCAACAAAAUCACAAAGAGUCAUGGCUCAGGUGUCCUGUGAGCUGGUGGCCCCCAAGGAGAACCGGCCAAAUGAGGGGUUCAUGCUUUUUAAUAUAGAGCUGUCACCAAUGGCAUCCCCAGCAUUUGAACAGGGCAGGCAAUCAGAGCUGUUAGUGAAGCUAAACCGACAGCUGGAGAGAUGCUUACGGAACUCCAAGUGCAUUGAUAUUGAAUCUUUGUGUGUGGUGUCUGGAGAAAAGGUGUGGCAAAUUCGAGUAGAUGUUCACAUGCUGAAUCAUGAUGGGAACCUAAUGGAUGCUGCCAGCAUCGCUGCUAUUGCCGCUUUGUGCCACUUCAGAAGACCUGAUGUUGGCAUUCAGGGAGAUGAAGUCACUGUGUACAGUCCAGAAGAAAGGGAUUUCAUUCCUCUUAGUAUCUACCACAUGCCCAUCAGUGUCAGCUUCGCCUUCUUUCAAAAAGGGACUUAUCUGCUUGUAGAUCCAUGCGAACGGGAGGAGUGCGUGAUGGAUGGCUUGCUGAUGAUUGCCAUGAACAAACACAGAGAAAUCUGCUCAAUUCAGUCCAGCGGAGGCAUCAUGUUGCUGAAAGAACAGGUAAUGAGAUGCAGCAAAAUAGCCAGCGUCAAAGUGUCAGAAAUCACGGAGCUCAUCAGUAAGGCCCUGGAGAAUGACAAAACCGCUCGGAAAGCAGGCAGGUGUGGUUUUGCAGAGUCAAUGCCUCAACAGCGCAUCACCGCCUUGAAAAAAGACGAGACUGCAGUAGAAAUGACGGACGUGUCGGAAAAAGCGACUGGCAUCAUCCAAAAGGCCGAGGCUCCUCCAUCUACCAUUCAGCAGCUGGUGAUGCCCGUGCCAGGUGUGGGUUUGGUCGGACACGGGGUGCAGAACAGCUGGGGGAUUGACGAAGAUGAACAGGAUGAGAUAGAAGUCAGCGACGAAGAAGCAAAGAUGGAAAUGGAACAGAAACAAGUGGAGCAAGGUGAUGUGGUUGAAUUAUCGGACAGUGAGGAGGAGGACGUGGUUAUACUUCAUCCAGAGACAGCAGACCGAAAUAAUAAGAAUACAAGUUCAAGUUCCCACCAGAAGGUGCCAGCAGGGUCAAAGAAAAAGCUCAGGAAAUGAAACCAUUCCCAUCAAUGUAAUUCAAACAAAAUGUAUUUCUUGUUUACCUUCUCUUUAAAUUGGUUAAAAGUUAAAUUUGAAAAUAUCCCUAUUAUAUUUGCAUUCCAGAUGUACAGUAUAGAAACCACAAGCACUCAAAAAGCACAGAAAAAUCUGAAAAAAGUUAGUUAUGAACUUGAAAGCAGAAAUGAAAUUGUAUUUGGACACCCUUUGAAGCAGUGAAGAUCCUUCGAAAGGGUUUUGCCACUGUGGCCACUUUAGCCGUAUAUUGCUAUCUCAAAUACAAAUGUCAAUAACUUUUUCUA